AGAUGUGUGGUGGCCAUGAGCGGAAUACUGAAGAGGAAAUUUGAGGAGGUGGAAGCCUCCUCCUCCCCGUGUUCUUCCUUAAGGGAGUCUGAUGACGAGGUGUCCUGCAGCGAGAGCGGGAACAGCAGCGACAGCGUCAACCCGUCGGCUUCUGGGCCUUUCACCCGCUCCAUCCUGAAGAGGGAGAAGCGUGUGUGCCCGAGGAGGAGAGUCCACUUUGAGAAGGUGACGGUGUUCUACUUCAGCCGGUGCCAGGGCUUCACCAGCGUGCCCAGCCAGGGUGGCAGCACUCUGGGCAUGUCUGAGCACCACAGCUGGGUGAGACACUUCUCACUGGGGGAGUUUGCCACGGAGCAGGAGAGACUCCAUCGAGGCCUGCUGAGAGAACACCUGAAGGAGGAGAAGCUCAACUCCAUCAAGGUCAAGCUGACCAAGAACGGCACGGUGGAGUCGGAGGAGGCCGACGCUCUCACCGCCGAGGACAUUUCCGAUGACGACAUCGACCUGGACAACACGGAAGUGGACGAAUACUUCUUCCUGCAGCCGCUCACCACCAAAAAGAGGCGGGCUCUGCUGCGCACUUCGGGCGUGAAGAAGAUCGACGUGGAAGAGAAGCAUGAACUUCGGGCCAUCAGGAUGUCCCGCGAGGACUGCGGCUGUGACUGCAGGAUCUUCUGUGAGCCCGAGACCUGCGCCUGCAGCAAGGCUGGAAUCAAGUGCCAGGUGGACCGCAUGUCCUUCCCCUGCGGCUGCAGCAAGGACGGCUGCAGCAACUCCAGCGGCCGGGUGGAGUUCAACCCCGUCCGAGUGCGGACGCACUUCCUGCACACCAUCAUGAGGAUGCAGAUGGACAGGAGUCGGGAGCAGGAGCAGCGCGCCCCCCCCAACGGUUACCACGGCAACCACCCUCUGGAGCAGUCCCAGCACAGGUUGGACUUCGCUCUGCCCGACGUGAUGGAGGAGGAGGAGGAGGAGGAGGAUGACGAGGAGGAAGAGGAGGACAGCAGCAGCGUUUUCAGCAGCAUUUCUGAUUCCAGCACUCACACCUUAGUCCACAGUGAGGAGGAGGAGGAGGAUGAAGAGGAGAGGUCAGACUCAGGUCACAGCCAGGUGGUGCCCUUGACCCCCCUGCUGGGCUACGGACACCACCUGCACACUUACCUGACUAACUCUUCCCCAGGUGACUACUAUCAGCUGGGGGCUUCUAGCUCCGCCCCUAAAGCACACGUGACCUCAUUCCAAGAGCCAAUCAGCACAGGGGCCUUCUCCCAUCAGAUCCUGGAUCAAUACCCUCAAGUCUCCCAUCCGACCCUGGAUCAAUAUCCCCAAGUCUCCACCUGUGGCACACCCAGGCAGGACCAGCAGGACCAGCAGGACCAGCAGGACCAGCUGUCCAAAGUGGACUUCAUGUACCCACUGGAGAACCACACGCACUUUCACAACUUCCUCAACAACAACAACAAUAACACACAGCCGCACAAUAUGAACACACAUGAGUCGAUACAGUCACACAACAUCAACACACAGGUGUCGACACAGUCACACAACGUGAACACACACGAGUUGACACAGUCGCACAACGUGAACACAUGUGAGUCGACACAGUCGCACAACGUGAACACACAUGAGUUGACACAAUCGCACAAUGUGAACACACAUGAGUUGACACAGUUGCACAACAUGAACACACAUGAGUCGACACAGUCGCACAACGUAAACACACAGGAGUCGACACAGUUGCACAACGUGAACACACACGAGUUGACACAGUCACACAAUGUGAACACACGUGAGUCGACACAGUCGCACAACAUGAACACACAUGAGUCGACACAGUCACACAAUGUGAACACACGUGAGUCGACACAGUCGCACAACAUGAACACACAUGAGUCGACACAGUCGCACAACGUAAACACACAGGAGUCGACACAGUUGCACAACGUGAACACACACGAGUUGACACAGUCACACAACGUGAACACACAGGAGUCGACACAGUCGCACAACAUGAACACACAUGAGUCGACACAGUCGCACAACGUGAACACACAUGAGUCGACACAGUCGCACAACGUAAACACACAUGAGUUGACACAGUCACACAAAGUGAACACACAAGAGUCGACACAGUCGCACAACGUGAACACACAUGAGUCGACACAGUCGCACAACGUGAACACACAUGAGUUGACACAGUUGCACAACGUGAAGACACAGGAGUCGACACAGUCGCACAAUGUGAACACACACGAGUUGACACAGUCACACAACGUAAACACACAGGAGUCGACACAGUUGCACAACGUGAACACACACGAGUUGACACAGUCACACAACGUAAACACACAGGAGUUGACACAGUCGCACGACGUGAACACACAGGAGUCGACACAGUCGCACAACGUGAACACACAGGUGUCGACACAGUCGCACAACGAGAAGACACAGGAGUCGACACAGUCGCACAACGUGAACACAAAGGUGUCGACACAGUCGCACAACGAGAAGACACAGGAGUCGACACAGUCGCACAACGUGAACACACAGGUGUCGACACAGUGGCACAACGAGAAGACACAGGAGUCGACACAGUCGCACAACGAGAAGACACAGUCGCACAACAUGAAAACACAGUUGCACAACGUGAAGACACAGUCGCACAACGAGAAGACACAGUCGCACAAUGUGAACACACAGGAGUCAACACAGUCGCACAACGAGAAGACACAGGAGUCGACACAGUCGCACAACGUGAACACACAGGAGUCGACACAGUCGCACAACGUGAAGACACAGUCGCACAACGAGAAGACACAGGAGUCGACACAGUCGCACAACGAGAAGACACAGUCGCACAACGAGAAGACACAGUCGCACAACGAGAAGACACAGUCGCACAACGUGAAGACACAGUCGCACAACGUGAAGACACAGUCGCACAACGUGAAGACACAUCCCGAGCUGAAGUUCCUAGCGAUCAGCAGCAAGAAGUUGUCUCUCCCGGCCGUGUGAAAGACGGUGUGAGUGAAGUUGUGUUCUUUUGAAGGAGGCACAUCGCUGGCCUUUUGCGUUGGACCCCCAGGUGUGUUUCCAUCAGCGACAUCCCGGGUUUAGUCCCCACUGCAACUUUGAGGACAUCCGGCCGUCUUUGAUUCUUUUCUAUGUUUGUGUGUCACUUGGUUGGACUUUGCUUAGGACUGAAAUGUAAACGUCUUCUUCUCUUUUCCACGCAUGUCCUUCUCGGCGUGAGUGCAGGGGAAGAAAAGCUGUCUGCCAGAAGACAAAGAUGGAGUCCCUAAAUAUUGUGCUUGUUUUUGCCGACUGUUCUAUGCUUUUCUAGGGCUUGAAGAGCAUGACUUUGUAGACUGGGAGCAGCAAAGGUGAGAUUGAAGGCCAAGAUGUUGUUUACCAAGACUGGAACGGUGGAUAAGUGGGUUUGUUUGUUUUUUUAUCAUUCAAGCAUAUUCAUUAUUAGCACUUUGAAAUGUCUCCAAACGUUCAGAUCCAAAUUCCUACUGAAGACAGCAAGUAAGAUCCAAAAGUGCGUCCUAAGUGAUGUGUUUGCUGAUUAUGGAUGUUGUCACAGUUUGAUGCUGCAAUGAUAAUGUUUGCUGCGUCUCGCUGCCCUAAAAAUUGCCAGGACUUGCAUCAAAAAGAUGACAAUCACAGCUUAGUAAAAGAGGAGUUUAAUCAAAUUAAUUUGUCGAGAUGAGCCAUUGGAAAAGGAAAAUGCACUUCUUAAAGUCCCAAAAGAAAUGUCUUAAUAAUCCCAAUAUUGGACUUGUGUGUUUUGGCCAAAGCUGCCAGUGUAGAUUCUGAGCUCUUGUAUUUAUUCUCUCAUAUUUAGCUUGAAUGAUUAUAUUGAAUUGUGUAUUUAUUGUGGAAAGUCAAUAUUGAGUCAUUUGCUGUGUUGUAAAGCUUCACUUUUUUAAUUUAAGAUUUGUGGAAUGCAUGUUUUGCACAAUGUGGUAGCUUUUAUUUGAUCGUAAAUUGUAAAUUAAAAAAAUGUCUUCGUUCUCAUUUUCGACCUGGUUUUGGAAUCCAUGUCAUGACGUCAUGUUCCCGGGAGGGCGAAGACGGUCAGCAGCGCCCUCUGGUGGUCAGUGCCAGUAGGGUCAAUUCCCGAGUCUUAGCAAAAUAAAAUAUGAGCCUCAAUCAUGUCCAAGCAGCUUCAGGACAAAAUAAAGCUAUUUCUAUAUUGUUUAUUUCUCAGUCAUUACUGGCCACAGAAUCAAAAAUGUAAGGCUGGUGAGGUUUGCAGCAAUUAUGACAUCUCAAACCAAUCACUUGUGGUCAUUCAAUAAAAUUAAUUCCUCAACUGCUAAUCAUCUAAGUCAGAAAAUGUAAAAGAAGCAUCUAGAAAAGAACAACAAAUGCAGAAUAAAACAACAAACAAGGCACAGGAAUACAUUUGCCGUAUAAAAAGACAUUUUUGAAGGACAUGUCCACGUUUGUGUUUCGGCUUUGAACUCGCAGUCUAAUUAGGACACAAAUUGUAAGUGUGAUCAAUCUGGAGAUUGGAUUGGAUGCUGUCUCACAAGAUGGACAAAAGUCUUGGGACACAUUGGCUCUUCAUUUUUCCAAGGCUUUGUAGGAACAGCAAUGUCAUGUACAAAUCCAAGUCCUACUUGAAUGACUUGGAAAGAAGAACCCUGGCCUCAACUCCAAACAACCUCUGGGAUGAAAAGAGCUCGUAAUGAGGGCAAGACAGGUAA